AUGGUCAAGCAAUCCUUGGUGUCAAUUACCAUAAAUCUUGAGUUACUGAAACAACAAUCCCAGCGACCGUUGACCUUGACCGAGAAGCUCCUUUAUAGUCAUCUCAUCACCGGUGACAAGGAAUGGAAGCUAGAGAAAAUUGAGCGCCGCAAAACAAUUUUGGCGAUACCUGACAUAUUACCUGCUAUAAUUCCACGGCGACAAUGGCCCUCUUACAAUUCAUCAGUGCAGGUCCUCCCUCGAGUUAUGGCGCCGACAACAGUACACAGCCACCAUUGGAUCAUCUCAGAAAAGGGUGCCCCUGGAGACCUGCAAAGUGCGACAUCUGAGCAUGCGGAGGGGUCCGGUGGCUUGAUCAUUAGAACCGGUUCUCAUACUCCAAACGGUGGCCUGGGAAUGCUUGGUAUCGGAGUUAGCGGCUCUAACGCCGUGGACGCCAUGUCUGGGAUGCCAUGGGAGUUGCUCCAAGGGUUGGUGUUCGCUUGA